GCGUGAUGGGCGUUUUGAUACGCCGCAAUGCCAUCAUCGUGCUCAUGUGCGUGGAGCUGAUGCUCAAUGCUGUCAAUCUGCUUUUGGCUGCGUUUUCCACUUAUUUGGGCGAUGCGCAAGGACAAUUGCUGGUGUUUUUCAUCAUGGUGGUAGCGGCGGCUGAGGCUGCGCGGCUACCCAAAACGGUGGUGGGAAUCAUCGGCUCGGGGAGUGUCUUGGCGGCUUUUGUGUUGUCGGUUUUCUGCUUCAAUGAAGUGGCUGCCACAGGCAAAGGGCUGCAUUCGUUGGUGUAUAACUGGCUGACGGUCGGCAAUUUGCAGAUCAAUUUCAGCUUUUUGGUGGACCAACUCUCCGUCUGGAUGAUGCUGAUUAUCACCGGCAUCGGUUUCCUGAUACACGUAUAUUCGACCGGAUAUAUGCACGAUGACGAGGGUUUCUACAAGUUUUUUGCUUACCUCAAUCUCUUCAUUUUCUCGAUGUUGUUGCUCGUGAUGGGCAGCAAUUUUGUGAUGAUGUUCUUCGGUUGGGAAGGCGUGGGACUUUGCAGUUACUUGCUCAUCGGCUUCUGGUACACCAAUAAGGAAUACGGCAAGGCAGCGCGCGCAAUGGGUAAAAGCGCGCAAAUACCGCUCUACACUUGGUUGCCAGACGCUAUGGCGGGUCCUACGCCCGUGUCUGCGCUCAUACACGCGGCUACGAUGGUGACGGCGGGUAUUUACUUGGUGACGCGCUGCAAUGCGCUCUACGACCUGUCGCACACGGCUUUGAUGGUGGUGGCAGCCGUUGGUUUGGCUACUUCUAUUUGGGCGGCGCUGAUAGGGCUUCGUCAGAACGAUAUCAAAAAAGUGCUGGCUUAUUCUACGGUUUCUCAACUCGGCUUGAUGUUUUUGGCAUUGGGCAUGGGUGCAUAUACUACGGCGAUGUUCCAUGUGACUACGCACGCGUUUUUUAAGGCUUUGUUGUUCUUGGCGGCGGGUAGCGUGAUCCACGGUUUAGGCGGCGACCAAGACAUCCGCAAUAUGGGCGGGCUUCGCAAGGCGAUGCCGAUUACUUUUGUGGUGUUUUUGAUAGGCGCGCUAAGCAUGUUGUUGUGGAGCGGUCGCUUGGCUGGAACCAUAGCCUUGGGAUUGUCGCUCGUACAAUUGGCGGUCACGCUCUAUGCUUUGAGCAAUUUUCAUGGUCCGGCGAUGUACAGCCACGAGGUCAAUCUGCCGUGGAUACCCGAAGCGGGCAUCAAUUUCAGGCUCGGAUUGGAUGGCAUCAGUAUGGUGUUGGUGCUGCUGACCAGCCUUUUGGUGCCGUUUAUCAUCGUGAGCAGCACCUUGCGCAAAUACCACAACGAAAGUCUCUAUUACGGCUUGCUCCUGCUUAUGCAAGCGGGCUUGACGGGCGUUUUCAUGGCUUUGGAUGGCUUGGUAUUCUAUAUUUUCUACGAAUUAGCCUUGAUACCCAUCUAUUUCAUCUGUGCCAUCUGGGGCGGCGCUGACCGCAUCCGCAUCACCAUGAAGUUCUUUAUCUACACCUUUUUGGGUAGUUUGCUGAUGUUGGUAUCGCUCAUAUACUUGUAUCUGCACACCCCGGGCAAUCACUCUUUCGCCUACGAAGCUUUGCACGAUGUGCACUUGACUACUCCGGCGGCAUAUUGGGUGUUUGCGGGGAUAUUCGCGGCUUUUGCCAUCAAAAUACCGAUUUUCCCCUUCCACACCUGGCAGCCUGACACCUACGUAGCCGCGCCCACAGGCGGCACCAUGCUUUUGAGCGGUAUCAUGCUUAAAAUGGGUGCUUACGGUCUCAUCCGUUGGCUUAUACCACUUGCGCCCGAAGCGAUGUCUGCCUUUGUGCCGGUGUUGAUUACCUUGUCGGUCAUCGGCGUUAUUUAUGCCUCCAUCAUCGCCAUUCAGCAGCGCGACAUCAAGCGUUUGAUUGCCUAUUCGUCCAUAGCGCACGUUGGUUUGAUAGCUGCCGGUAUCUUUGCUUGGAACAAAAUGGGCUUGCACGGCAGCGUCAUACAGAUGUUCAAUCACGGUAUCAACGUGGUGGGUUUGUUCUUGGUGUGCGAUAUCAUCGAGCGCCGUCUCGGUUCGCGCAGCCUCUCCGACAUGGGCGGAAUCGCCAAAAAUGCGCCUGUUUUUGCGACUUUAUUCUUAAUUAUCCUUUUGGGAAGUAUAGCCGUGCCGCUCACCAACGGUUUUGUGGGAGAGUUUUUGCUUUUGUACGGCGUGUGGGAUUACAAUCAUUGGUUGGGCGCGGUAGCAGGCUUGACCAUUAUAUUCGGUGCGGUGUAUAUGCUUCGCGUGUAUGGCUUGAGCAUGUUCGGACCCACCAAUGAGGAGACCGCCAAUUUCCCUGAUUUGGAUAUAAAAGAGACCAUUGUACUCGGUAGCCGUCGCGACGACCUACGAGGCAACGAAGCAGCCCUCAAAUACUUCCUUAUGGGUGCAUUUGCUACGGGUAUUUUCCUUUUUGGUACGGCUUUGGUGUACGGGGCUACAGCAACCUUCGAUAUACAGACCAUCGGCAACACCCUUGCACUUCACAAAGCGGCGCCAUUUCACUUUUGGGCACCUGACGUAUAUCAAGGAAGCCCCAAUUUGGUCACUUUGUUCAUGUCCACCUUGGUGAAGAUAGCGGGUUUUGCAGCGUUUUAUCGCUUGUUUAGCAUCGCUUAUGCUGCGGAAAUGGACACUUGGGGACCUGUAGUCGCUAUGAUUGCCGUCAUGACCAUGGUUAUCGCCAAUUUCUCUGCUAUAUUCCAAAAGAGCUUCAAGCGCAUGAUGGCUUACUCGGGUAUUUCGCACGCGGGCUACCUGAUGUUGGGCAUAUUGGCUAUUGGUGUAGCCGGCAGUGCUGGAGCGUUGUUUCUUUAUAUUACGACUUAUGCUAUUGCUACCAUUAUUGCUUUUGCGGUGUUCAUCUUGAUCAGUGAGCAGCAAGGCGAUGAGCAAGGCUUCAGCGCCUUCAAUGGCUUGGGCAAAUCUCACCCAUAUUUGGCUGCCGCCAUGGCAGUAUCUAUGCUUACGCUUGCAGGCAUACCGCCUACCGCCGGUUUCUUUGGUAAAUAUUUCUUAUUCUCUGCUGCUUUUGAGCGUUACCCUUGGUUGGUGGUGGUGGCUGUGCUACAUUCGGCUAUCUCUAUCUAUUACUAUUUCAAGAUAUUGGCGGCUAUGUACUUCACGGAUGAUAUGACGGACAAUUAUCACAUCCAAGUGCCAGUGGCUUAUAAGGUGGUGAUUGCUGUUGCUGUGGCUUUGUUGGUGUUGUUGAGUGUGGUGCCGGGUGGGGUGAUGUCUCUUGUUAACCAC